GUCAAAAGAAAAGUUUUAUUACAGUAAAAACUAUAGAAACAUUAUUAAAUCUAAAAGAAAACUUUUAUUAGGCAGAUCAGAUGUUUUAAAAUUUUCGUUUUAACUUAAGCAAAUAAAAUGUCUACCUCUAGAACCUGUAAAAUAUUCUGCAAAUUAAAUUACUGCACUCUUUUCUUUUCUAAACUAUAAUACUAAUUUUUUCCUGGACAUAGUCACUGACAGUUUCAUUGAUGAACAUGUCACAAUUUUCUUUUUGGCGCCAUAUAGAUACCAUUCCACCUGUAUAAGUUCAAAAAGAUUGGGAUGCAUUUUUGAUAAUUUAUUAUUUAAGUAGUUAUAUCAACCUUCGAGGGAGUUUGUUAUACUCAGUCAUCCAUAUAGUCUACGCUUUGGUAUGGAAUGUAUGACAAGGCAGCGCACCUUCUUAUAAUAUAUGCAUUCGGAUUUUCUUAUUUUCCCUGUAUGCAUUAGUUACACCCGUUUUAUUUAUUUAAACAAACAAUUUACAAAUUAAGUUUUUUUUUUUAGUAAAUAUGUUAUAAUUGAAUUGUAUUAGUCGACAGUUUAAGUCGGAAUUUACACGCUUUAAUUUUCAUAACAAAAAAUAUUAAUGGUAAUAUUUAUAUCCUGGUUCCUGAAAUAGUUUUAAUAACAAUUUUUGAUACCUUUUCUAACAUAUAAAAUUUUCAUUAUUUUGUUAUUUUUACAUUUUCUCAAUUUGUUUUCCACUGGUCAUUGAAUUUAAGAGCUAGUUGACUGCAAUUAAAAUAAUAUAGAAGCAAGUCCGCAUAGAUUUAUUUCCUGUAUGGCCCAUCUCAUGUGUUUAAAAAGUCUCCUAUGCAUAUGCAAUUGCGAAAUCUCUAUAGGUAGAAAUUUACAGUGUGCUAAAUUGCGAAAUUUUCAGCCUUCAAAAGGAUAGAGUUACAAGUUGAAAUGUGUCGAGUUGCGCAUGAACCAAUGGGAGUUCUUAUAAUCGGGAGGUUUAAGGUGUUUGGAACACACAAAACAAUUUUCUUUUUUUUAAUUUAUCUGCACGGCCAUAGGUGACAAACCUCUUACUGUCGAGAGAAGCUAAAAAACAACGUCUUUUUUUAAAUCGUUUGCUUUGAUUGUUACUGUUACAUCCGUAAAUUGCGUACCGCAUUGUUUUAUAAAUGUUUUUCACUAAUACCACACACAAAGAACAAAGUUUACAACCCGAUUAAAAUAUUAUAAAUCACUGUAAACGACUCACAAACAACUGAUACCUGCGUCUGUCAUAUGCUAUUUACUUCGCGCCAACUAUACGCAUGAUAUCAGCGCCGCCAUGACACCGUGGGCGAUAUCCCUUAUCACUUAUAUCACGUGAUGUUUUCUUUAUCGUUUUUUAUCUCCCUUGGUUCUACCUACGUGCUUAAAAAUUCGGCAAAUUCCUCAAAAUCAUAAUCAUGAUCUCUAAAUACUAAUUACUGUCUAAAGAUAUUGUUAUAAUGAUCUCUUUUCCUUAAAUUUUUCAUUAUUAGUUAAAAGACAUUGUCUAUGCUUAAAAUUGUCUAAUUCUUGUUUUUGCAGCAACUGUAGCCUAAGUGGUAAAGACGUAUGUUCUACCCAUUAGGUCGUUAUCAAUUUUAAAAAAUAAAAAUUUGCAAUUCUGCCAUAAAAUUAAUAUUAUUCCUCAUAAAGUUUUCAUAAUACGUCGCUGAUAAUAUUAAAAAGGUAAUUCAAAAAUAUUACAAUUCAGAAUUAUGUAUCUUAUCUACUCUACCUUAUGACUUAGAUCUAGAUUCUCGACUAAGUUGGGAUGUUUUUAAUCAACAAUCGAAAUAUCAUUUACUCAUUUUUGUGGUGUUCAAAUGGUGAAUACCCGUUGUGAAUACCUAUACAAUCAUGGGAGUUUUUGGUAAUAUUAACAGAUUUUAUUUUCCUUUCGUGGCCGUAGGACUGCUUCUGUUUAUUAUAGUUUUCACAUGGGCAAAAGAAAAGUGUAGACGAGCAUCUCACCAACAAGAAGAUAUUUACAAUAUAAGCAGUAGAGUACAAGAUCAAUGGCCCACACAUGAUGCACAUUUGUCAAUAGAUCACAUUUCAAUCUUGAACCAAAUGAACAAAUCAAUGUAUAAUGAUGCACCACCCUCAUACGAUGAAGUGAUGAAAACAGCCAUACAAACAAACGGUGAAGCUUCAACACCAACAGCAGUUAUAGUAGAAGCACCGAAAGCAAUAUCCACAACGACAUCGUUAAGGCAGCAAUGAAUUUGAAAACGAAAGUAUUUUUGGGAAAUUCCUUUUUUACCGCCUAUAUCCAUAGGCUGACUAUGGAAUGCGAUAUUUUAAAUUAUUUUGUAAAUAUAUAAACUGUGAUUUCGUAGGUUAGGUUAUAAAGUGUUAAGGCGUAGAAUAAUAAUUGCCCCAGUGUAACGUGCAUGGUGAUAAUGUUUGAAAUGUGAAGUGAAUAAGCCUUCUUGCUAGUUUUUUCUUUAGAUAUUUCAUAUUUUAUGGUAUCGCCUCUUUCUGAGGUUAUUUUGAAAAUUAUACCUGAAUUGAAGUAGUAAUAUUUUUUGUUAUUUUUAAAAAAGAAUGUAUUCAAUUGUUUUGUUAUUCAGUAUUUACAUUUAUGUCUACUCAUUUAAAUAUUAACAAUAUUAUUAAAAAAAAGUAACACAACUUUAAAGAAAAACAGCAUCUUAUAAGGCUCUAUCACUUCACAAUGGAUUAAGCUGUUUUCCUGAUAUUAAUAAAUGUUUAUUUUGUUUUAUAAUCAGCAUUCUUCAAAUGAAUAAAUUUUAUGGUACCAAAUAAAAGCUAUAGAAAGGAAACAAAUUUUACUAGAAUUGACGACAAGCGACUUUGAUAAAACGAUAGUAAUUUAUUAAAAACCUAGUUUUUUGAUUAUUUUAUGCAUAUACUUGUCUACUUAUAUAGGUGUAACAUAAAAAAAGAACAAAAUUUUUAAAAAAUAAAAUAAUUUUUGACGCAUAUAUUUUACUGAUCGUACGAAAACCAUUUUUUUAAUACAGGCUAUGUUGGUUUUUGUUAAAUGCUGAUUUAAAAUAUCAUGAGCUUUGUGAUAGAAUGACAUUAAUCUUCAAUUUGGUCUUGCAAAAUUAGAACACCAAGACUGAAAUAAAGACCCGAGGCAACGAUGCAAGACUUGAUAGAGUCUCGCAGUUUUUUAAUCGUCUAAAUAAAAAAAGAAAAUUGUUAGAAUCUUAACUAAUUUUUUGAAGCAAAAGUCAAACAACUUAUAGUGGUUUCUCAACAAUAACCAUACAAUUUAUUAUUUAGUUAAUUAUUUAAUUUAAGCAAUUUACAGAGUUAAACAUUAUAAAUUACUCAUUAAGGUUAUUACCUCAGAUACAAAAAAAUAUUUUACUUGCAACUAUUAUGGAAAACAGACAAAAAUACGCGACCUACAGGAGUAGUAAAUAGAAUUAUGCAUAGUAAACAAAACACAGAAUAUAUUGGUCCCAACAAACAUUUUGUAUAUGAAAAUUAAAGGCGCAAUAGCUGUUACCCUCCAAUUUAAAUGAUGACCAUUUAACUUUUAUAAGUAAAAGGUUGGCAUAUAUACCUAGGUCACUAUGACAGACAGUCGGGCCGAAGUCACUUAGCCAUCAAAUUCAUUUAAUAGGCCUCCAUUUUUCGAUUAAUAUCUAGAAAUAAAUAUAUUGGUAAUUAACGGCCCAUUGAUGGAAAAUUAACCUAUUGCCAUAUUAAUACUGUGUGCUGAAUAAAGGCCAUGUUUCAGGCACACAACCAGACAGGCGAUUCGAUAGCGCUUAUUUUACCAGUAGUACCGUUUGAACUAUAAAUUCUAUACUAAAACAGAAGGCAUUCCAAUAUAGAACAUUUUAUUUAAUUCAGCUAAAUAAUAUAAUAGGGGAAAAAUGUCUUCUAUAAAAAGUAUAUUCAUAAAAUAUUCUAAAUUAAUAGCAUGAGAUUAGGAGUUGGACGUUAUUUGUCCUUGUCCACAGCGACCUUUUCUGAUCUAUUGUGGGACUCAGUUUGUUUUAGACUUUUAGAGUAUGUCGUCUAACCUGCUCUUUUUUAUUAGACUUAGUAGCUUUGACAGUGGCUCCCGCAUGUAGUUGCGUACAUUUGGCUUUUCUUCGCCCAAUGUUAGAAAUCUUAUUCUAGCCAGGCCUUCACAUUGGCACAGGAAGUGUUAUCCUAACGAUUUGACGCUUUUGAUCCAGUAGGUCUUUCGUGAACUUGGCCGAUGGUUCCUUGAUGAACUGUUUGGCCUGUCUCAGUCUUGGAUAGUUGUUCCACCAUUCCUGAGACUCUCUUUGCAUCCAUUGUUUAAUGGAUGCCUUGCACAAUGCCUUAGCAACUCCACAGAAGGGUUCGGGGCCUGUCAUGGCCUUAUCUGAGCCUUUUAGGGCUAAUUCGUUGGUCUUUUCGUUGCCCUGAUAUCCCUCAUGGCCUGAAACCCAGGCUAGGGUCACCUUAUUUUGACUACUUAGCUCUGUCAGGUUUUCUAGACAGUCUUUCACCAGUCGUGAUUUGAUUUCUGGUGAGAUAUGUGCCUUUAGAGCUGCUUGGCUAUCAGAGUAUAUGGCAAUAGUUUUGCCUGAUACUUUGUGAUUUAAUAUUUAUCUUGCACAGUAUUAUAUGGCUAGUAGUGCAGCCUGAAAAUCUGUUGCAUAUAUUUUCCUAAACUCAACGAAAUCUUUUUUUUGACCUGUGUCCUUAGAUUCCAGCACCGGCUCCUUCCUUGGUUUUUGAUCCGUCUGUGUACCAGACGAGUUUAGCCUGUACGGAAGGUCCCUGUUUCCAGGAUUCUCGGGCUGGUAAUUGAAUUUGAAAAUUUCUUCCAAAUUUGUAUGUGGUUAUGGCUCUAUCAGUAGGCAUAGCUAGAAUAUUAUCCCUUUUUACUUGCUGAUAUAGCCUUGUGUGGUCGGCGCUAUGUAGUUGGCUUAUUGGGUUUUGUCCCUGCAUUAGCCUGUGAAUAGCUGAACUGGUUUCUCCUUGUAUGAAGAUGUGCAGUGGCGUGAGAUUUAAUAAUACCUCCCCUUUAGCCGUACCCAUAUUUUGCGAUCUACUAUUAUUUUAUAACAAAUUAGACAUGAUUUCUGCCAACCUCUCCACCGAAUCAUUAUUUGAGGAAGAAUCGGCCCUACUACUACCACCAGGACUUACGUUACGUACCAAGCAAAGUGACGCCUCGAUUUGAAGUGCAUUUGUUUUCUUACGCUUUUGUCCUUUACUCAUUUUUGUUUUUAGUAAAAGCCCCUAAUUAAUGAGACAACCAGGCAUUAACAAUGUUUCAAUAGUCCCAACUAUGUACACCUCGACCAUUCAAAACUCAAAAAUUUUAAAUUAAUUUCGCGUAAAUUCUAAUCUCACUUCUGAAAAUUGUCAGAGGGUAAAUAAGGAGGAAGAGAGAAAGAUAGAGAGAGAGAAAUGUUUAGAUUUCUCAGCAACUUGUAUUUGAUGGUAAGCUUGUGAAGUAAAUACUUCCUUGUAGUCUGUCCAGCUAGUCAUCUAUGCGUGGUAACGGGAAACGAUCCUUAGCGAUCAUAGAAUUUAAUUUCCUAUAGUCGAUACACAACCUAUCUUCCCCAUUCUUCUUCUUCACAAGUAAUAUCGGUGACGCAUAGGGAGAGUUGUAUUCGCGUAUUAUUUCAUUUUCCAGCAGUUCACCAAUCAUUGUUUUUACCUUUUGUUAUUCACUAAUUGACAUACGGUAUGGUCUGUGAGUAAAGGGUCUAUUAUCUUCUAGAACAAUUUCUACUUCGGCAGACAGCAAUUCCUAGUUCUGCAGUGCUUUCAGCAAUUUAAUUAGAGUUUCUUUAGAAUGUAUUGGUCCAACUUUCAUUUUCUCAACGGGCAAUAAUGGAUAAAAUAUUUAAGGUUUAUUUAUGAGUAAGGGCCAUAAAAAAGGAGAAAUAUUUAAAAAGAAAUCGGCGAUAACUCGUAAACGGGCUAAUCAAAAAGGUAGUCUUUAAUAAACCUAAAUAGAAUUUUUAUCUAAAAUAAUUAGGGAAGCCAAUAAUUGACCCCAUUUAAAAUUACAUGGGAUUUUCAAAGUCCCGCUCGACAAUGCAACGCCCGGUAUACGAAUAAAAUAUAAAAAAAUUAUUUAUUAUUAAAAAAACCAAAAAAGGUUGACAGCUGUGUGCACGUAGUUUAGAUU